CAUACAGUAAAAUCUUAGCUGCUCAAGAACUUAUCUAGCGGCCACGCCAAGGAGCCGGGACUUUCUUUAAGUUUAAGGAGGCCGUUUUCUUGAAGGAGGCGAUCUGUGACGUCAUGGCGUAUCCAGGUGGACCACCUGGAGGAUACCAACAGUACCCAGGGGGUGCCCCACCCCCCCAGUACGGAGCACCACCCCCAGGGGGCCAGCCUGGCUAUGCAGGGGGUUAUCAACAACCAGGUUAUGGAGGACAGCCUGGUUACGGAGCCGCGCCUGGUUUCGCCUCCGCGCCCGGUUACGGACCGCCACCCGGCGUCGACCCUAACGUCUACCAAUGGUUCAUCGCGGUGGAUAGGGACCGGUCGGGGAAAAUCUCGGCCACGGAGCUUCAGCAGGCUCUAACCAACUCCAACUGGUCACACUUCAACGAUGAGACGUGCAGACUCAUGAUAGGCAUGUUCGACCGUGACCAGAGCGGGCAGAUUGACCUGAACGAGUUCCAGGCCCUCUGGACGUACAUCCAGCAGUGGAAGGGCGUCUUCGACAGGUACGACCAGGACCGCUCCGGGCUCAUCGAGGCGCGGGAACUACACACAGCGUUUUCCCAGAUGGGUUACAACGUGUCCCAGUCGUUUAUCGGCAUCGUGGUGGUGAAGUUUGACCGGGCGGCGCGGCGGGGGCUCAAGUUUGAUGACUUCAUCCAGUCAUGCGUGAUGCUGAAGAACCUGACGGACCAGUUCCGCGCGCGCGACACCGCCAUGACCGGCCGCAUCCAGGUCUCCUACGAAGACUUCAUGUGCAUGGUGCUACUCAACAAACCCUCCUAGUGGCAAUCGAACCCUCAUAGUUACAUGUAUGUUUACGGAAGGAAAGCAUUUUGUUUUUGCUCUGUUUCCUCUUAUAGUAAGCCCCAGUAGUGAUAGUGUUUGUUGCAAGAUGUCUUCUGUAUGAUCCUCCUCAGUAAGCCCUCAAAGUGUUAAACAUACCCACCUAGUGUUAAACAAACCCUCGUAGAAAAUAAUGUCUUAACUAAGCUUCCGUAGUGAUAGUGUUUGUUGCAAGAUAUCUUCUGUAUGGUCCUCCUCAUAUAAGCCCUCGUAGACUUAAACAUACCCUUGUAGUGUUAAACAUACCCUCAUAGUGUU